AUGCAGAUUCCGUUGUGGGUGUUCCUGGGAAGUAUACUGCUUGCGCUUUCCUGGCAUGAGAUGGCGUCGUUGGUUUUGAGAAGGACUACUGGUGGAGGGGUUGUACCCACUUUGUUUGGGAGCUGGAACUUGGAUGGGGCUGCGAUGAGGGGUAUAAGAGGUUUCUCUUUCCUCUCUUCUGGCUCCAGAUAUUCUUCAAGUACACUUACAAGAUCAUCAACAUCGGCCUCACUAUACCAGACACCACUCUCAACAACUACCAACCAUCACAAACACUUCUCCACAACAGCUGCAACCAUGUCUUCCAAGUCCUUCCUCGAGACCGUCAAGAACCGCCGCACAUACUACGCUCUCAAGAAGGAGAGUACCAUCUCCGACGCUCAGAUCCAGGAGAUUAUCAAAGAGGCUGUUCUACAUGUCCCUUCUUCGUUUAAUAGCCAGAGCACGAGGGUAGUGCUGCUCGUUAAGGAGGAGCAUGAUAAGUUGUGGGAGAUUGUGAAGGAGGCGCUGAGGGCUAUUGUGCCUCCUGAGCAAUUCCCGGCUUCUGAGCAGAGAAUCAAUGGAUUUAAGGCUGGUUAUGGAACUGUCCUCUUCUUCGAGUCCCGCUCCGUCGUCUCAGGCAUGCAAGACAAGUUCGCCAUCUACGCCGACAAGUUCCCCGGCUGGGCCACCCAGUCCGACGCCAUGCACCAGUUCGUCAUCUGGGCUGCUCUCGAGGCGGAAGGGCUUGGUGCCAAUCUUCAGCAUUAUAACCCGUUGAUUGAUCAGAAGGUUGCGGAUACGUGGGGCAUUGAUAAAGAUUGGGUUUUAAAUGCGCAGUUGGUGUUUGGGACGCCGGCUGGUGGACCGGGAGAGAAGACCUUUGUGCCGGUGGAGGAGAGGUUUAAGAGUUUUGGGGUUUAG